AUGAAACCUCCAGCAAUAGGUCCAACCAAAACUGGGAACCCUCAUCCAAACGGCUGCCGUGCCGCCCGGCCCGGCCCGGCCAGCAUGCUCCGCCCGGGCACGCUGCUGCAGUCGCUCGCCCUGCUCUGCCUCUGCCCGCGCCGCCCCGGGCACGUCUGGGGCAGGCUGAUGGGGGGCUCCGGGGAGCUGGCCGCUGCCUGGGACCCGCCGCCGGCCAACAGCUCCGGCGCGGCGCCCUGGUGCCCCUACAAGGUGUUCAGCGAGGGCCAGGCCGGCGGCCGCCUCUGCUUCCGGAGCCCGGCCCGGGACUUCCAGUGCCCGCCGCCCAGCUGCAGGGCGCACCGCUCGCCGGGCCGCGCCCUGGUGGCCAACGUGCUGCGCAACGGCAGCGUCCUGCUGCAGUGGGGGGCGCCCGGCGGGCCGGGCCGGGACCUGCGGGGCUUCGCCCUCAACUGCUCCUGGGACGGCACCUACACCCGCUUCCACUGCGACAGCGUCCAGCUGGGGGCCAGCUGCCGGGACUACCUGCUGCCCGAGGCGCACGGCAGCGUGCGCUACCGCCUGUGCCUCCAGCCGCUCUACCGCGCCGGCGGCCCGGGCGCGCUCCGCGCCGACUGCGUGGAGUUCAGCCUGGAGCCGGCCGGCAUGCGGGACAUCGUCAUCGCCAUGACGGCCGUGGGGGGCUCCAUCUGCGUCAUGCUCGUCAUCAUCUGCCUCCUGGUGGCCUACAUCACCGAGAACCUCAUGCCGCCGGCCUGGGGCCGGGCCGCCGCCGCCCCCGCCCCCAAGCGGGGCACGUAGGGCAGCCGGCGGGGGGCGCCCCAGAGCCGGCGCCUGGAACCGGCCCUAGGGCGCCCUCUGCAGGCGGGGGCAUGGAAUCUGCCCUGCAGCUCUAGAGCCCCCAGCCUGGAGCUCCCUCUGCAGCCAGGGGUCUGGAACUGGCCUCUAGAGCCAGGGGGCUGGGAUCUGUCCUGGAGCUCUAGAACCAGGGGUGUGGAACCACCCCUAGAGUCCCAGCCUGGAGCUCCCUCUCCAGCCAGGGGUCUGGAACCCGCCUCUAGAACCAAGGGGCUGAGAUCUGCCCUGGAGCUUCCUCUGCAGCCAGGGGCCUGGAACCCACCUCUAGAGCCAGGGGCUGGAGUGCCCUCUGCAGGCAGGGCCUGGAAUCUGCCCUAGAACUCUAGAGCCAGGGGUGGGGAGCCACCCCUAGAGCCCGGGCCUGGAGCUCCCUUUGCAGCCAGGGAUCUGGAACCCACCUCUAGAGCCAGGGGGCUGGAAUCUGCCCUGGAGCUCCUUCUGCAGCCAGUGGGGAUGGAACCAGCCCCUAGUGCCUGGGCCUGGAGCUCCCUCUGCAGCCAGGGGGAUGGAACCAGCCCCUAGAACCGGGGCCUGGAGCUCCCUCUGCAGCCAGGGGCCUGGAACCCUCCACCCAGCUGGGACAUGGUGGAUCCCUCUCCAUCAAGGGUAGUGAUGGACACUUUUCUUCCUAGCUGACUCCAGAAUGCAUAUUGAUCACAGUGCUGUAGGGGGUAGACUUUGAUUAAAGCGUCACUUUGGGGUUACCAAAGCCUAUAACUUUAAUAUUCCUGUUAGCGGCGACAAGGACAACUUAAAUCCAGAGGAAACCAGUGCCAUCACCCAGAGCAGAUCUGCAGCAACCUGAGGGACCUCAGUGCCAUUGUAUGACUCAAAGAUCUUUAGAGUUGUAUGCGGUAUUAUUUUCCAUAAAGGACUUUCUAUAGAUCAGUCUUAACUAGACCAAGGGAAGUUUUAAAUAGCUAAAGAAAACUGUGUUUAGAAAGAAGCAGGGGAGAAACAGUCACACAUUCAGGUGUCUGAACAUCAGUGGUCUGUGAUAAAGAACUUAUACUGUGAAAUAUUUGUGAGGUAUGUCAUUGUGGUUGGGCAUGCUCAUGCAGACAUUACUAAUAGAAAAGUAAGUAUUGUUAUGGAAUCCUGAAAGAUUGGGUUAUAAGCAACCUCCGAGAUAAUGUUGAUGUGUGCAUUUUAUUGUGAUUUUUUAGAACUAAACAUUCCACAAAGAAAGUGUGAGGAGUUGGGGCUAUGUGCCAUAACCUAGAUUGUUGCAUUGUUUUGCAGUCGUGUUACAUAGGAAAGUUCACAGUAAAAUCGAGUAAGUUAGUAAUAGGAUCAAAAUUAGGCAUAUUAAUUAGUGCUGAUUUAAAGCAUUCAGAGAUAUAAGCCUGUUCUUCAGCACAUAUAUCGUUAGGUACCAUCUUUUUUGUGAAGUUGUUUUCCUUCAUUUUAUUUGCAGACCAGUUGUUAAAAUACCAAGAUCUUUUUGUUUUAAUAGCAAAUUUGCCAAGUGUAUCAUGUAAAGGUUUGGAAUUUUGUUUUAUAUUUUUUGUAAAAAAAAAAAUUUAAAAAGCAGCUAUUCUGCCUGAGCCAUACCCAGUUUUCAAACUUAAAAUAUCUCAGUGAGUUAAAAAUAAAAAUCAGGUAUCUGCUUGAAGUGCCAGCAAAAUUGCAGUUUUGAAAGUGAACUAACGUAUUUUCAGAGGCCUCAAAUAAAAAAAGCAUUUAAACACAUGUUUAACUUUAAGCAUAUGCUUAAAUCCCAUGGAUUUAGAUGUGCUUAAUUGCUUUCCUGAAUUGGAAUGCUAUCCUGAAACUUGGCCAAAGAGAGUAGAUCCAUAAAGCUUAAGAAACUCUGGGGCUGAUGCAAAGUCCACUGAGCUGAGUGGAAAAACUCCCAUUGACAGCAGUGGGUUUUGGAUCAAGCCCUAUGCUAAGCAGCUCAACAACUCAGGGGCACAGACCUGUCCCUAUUGAAAUCAACAGGAGUUUUGUCAUUGGUUUCAACAGCACUAGGCUCUUUCAAAAGUAACAGUGUUUUUAGAAAAAAACAUUGGCUGUAGCCAAUGUGUCUCAGGUGUCUGCCUGCUGCAGCUUAAAAAGGCCAAUUUAACGGAGUCUGAAAACUGGGAUUCAUAAUGGAAACAUGAACUGAGCUUUAAUUAUAAUGGUGUGAAAAAUACACAAUAAUAACUACUGUGACUAGUCUUCGCUUCCCCAUCUUUUAUUAAUGCAAUACACCUUUGUUCCACUAAAGUACCACCUCCUAAACUCUGAAUUCUGUUCUGUAGUGGCUGAGUAUUUUUAAUAUAGGAACACUAGCUGUAAUCCAGUCACUCGAUGCUACAGUAAACUAGGAGUUUACUUAAACUCUAGUAUUCAUUACAUUGUGCCUUAGUAUUGAAAGUUUGACCCAUUAAUAUUGGCUUUUCUGUUCUUGUUGUAACUGUUAGAGGAACAUGUGUACCUCUCACAGUGUUUGUCUAUUUAAUAGGAAAAUCAACCUAGGCUAGCUGAAUAUUACUUGAAUUUUAAUAUAUAUUUAAAAUAGAGUAAAUUACCUUCCUAGAUCUUCUGUGUUAGUUUUUGUUUAGUAUUGCCAUAUCACAUUAAAAAAUAAUGGUGGGGGGAAAUAGGGUUUAUGUAACAGCGUAUUAUUAAUAGAUCACGUAUGAAACGAAAGUGUUUGUCUGAAUAAACAAAUAUGUUUAUAAUCAGUAAAUGCCCAGUGGGCAUUUCUUAGGUAGUAUGGACGACCUAAAACUUGUAAGUAGAUGGCAUAUGUAGAAACCCUCUAGGAUCUGUUUAGUACAAAUAUUGUAUUUUAUCAGAUGAGCACAGCCAUACUACAGACUACAUUUCUCCCCCCCCCCCCCCCCGUGUGUGUUUUUAAUCCAAGAAGCAAACUUAUUUCCCUUAGGACUGAAAUAAUUUCAGGGUGGUCAGGAAGCUGAAGGUCUGUAUUUUGUCAGACAAAAAUACCUCUCUCUUUUUCAUUAUUUCUUCAUGUUUUCCUUCUAACGAGAAGCUUGUUGUAAAUUACACUUCUUCCCUUCAUGAGUUUCUUGCCUCUGAACCUUGGUUUAAAACCACCUGACAGUAUUUAAAAUAUAAUUGCAAUCAGGGGAUGAGCCCUGACAGACAAUUUCAUUCACGUUUUUCCCCAGAGAGAGAGAGAAUGUGUGAAAUAAUCUGAAAUUAGUUCAAGGAUAUUAAGACAAGUUGUACCUAGUGGAGUCAUGUCAUCCUUUGUGUAAAUCCAUUAAAUUCAGUGGAUUUAAGCCCACAGUGAAUUUGGCCUAGUUUCCUUUGAAGGCCUCGCAUGCAUCUACCCUAUGGUCAAUCCUAGGCAGGAUUAGUAGAGUGGAACUAAUAUUGUACAUUUCUAUCCAUUUCCGUCACUCGCUGUUGCUGUCUUGUCCUUCAUCUUGCCAUGAAUUGCCAGACUUGAAAGUUAAAUGUAUAACUAAUGAGCCUUGUAUCACCUUGGAGUUGACCUUAAUGCAUUAAAAGAACAUA